AUGUCUCAUGGUGGUUUAAAAAGAAUUCCAACGACUUUGCGAUCUCAAUCACCAUUACGGUCUCAUUUCCACACAAGUGUGAUCUGUUCACAAAAAACAACAACAGCAACAGCAACAGCAAAGCCUAUUCGCCAUGUUCAUUUAUUUCUGACUUUUGAUUGUUUUGGUACACUAUACACUCCACACCCAGCAGUCAAUGACCAAUACUUUACAUACCUCCAAAACUUGCCAAAUCCUCCACAAAACCUACCCUCUGCAGCUACCAUUGGGACACAACUGCGUGGUGCAUUUAAACACAUGGCAACUCGGCAUCCAAACUACAAUAAACAGCUACUUAAACCGCCAUUGACUGGGGCAUAUAUUUGUGCAAAUGAAAAAGACCAGAAACGGGUUAGAGAAAGCUUAAGUCAGUGGUGGGCAGCUCUAAUACAAAUGGCUAUUCAUCCUGCACAACUGAGCUUGGAGGAGGUACAAGGGCUUAUAGAACGGUUUAAUGGGAAGGAAGCUUAUGGGGUUUAUCCAGAUGUAGUUCCAACAUUACAACGGUUACAGAAAUUAAGCAAUACUCCUGAACUUUUACAAAAACAACUUUUGGUAGGCUCUGAGGGCAAUGGGAAUGAAGGGAAUAUAAAAGUAUCAUUGAGUUUUGGUGUGUUGUCUAAUUCAGAUCCAAGAGUUUUUACAAUUCUUGAAAGUUUAGGGUUACUGGAAUAUUUCCCUGAUAAUCACCAAAUUUACUUGUCGUAUGAUAUGGGUGUUGAUAAACCGGAUCCUGCUGCGUUUAAAUAUGUGGCUUCUGCAGUGCAUUCAUCAGUAGCAACAAAACUAAUAGCAGCAGAAGAAGCAGAAACAGCAGAAGCAGCAGAAGCAGCAGAAGCAGCAGAAGCAGAGGCUGGUGAUAAGAGGAAGGAGAAUAAAAGUAUUUCUGAGAUUGUGUUUAUGCAUAUUGGAGAUGAAUUAGAGAAAGACCAGCGUGGAGCUGCUCGGGUUCCUGGAUGGUCUGGUGUGUUUGUUGAUCGGCGCACAAAAGUGGAGGAGAAGGAGGAGAAGAAGAAGAAGAAGAAGGGUGGUAAAGAUCAAAGAGUUGAAGAAGAUUCCCAUGCACGGCGUGUACUUGGGCAGUCACUUUUCCAUGUAAGUGAUGCGGAACAGAAAGCACAAGGUGGUGGUGGUGGUGGUAAUGGUAAUCAUGAUAAGGUAAAAGAAGAAUUAGCCGAGGGCCGGUAUGUAGUCGGAGAUUUGAUGGGGUUAGAAGGUGUAAUUGUGGAGUACUUACGGAGAGUUAUCUAUAAGUGA